UCACGAUUCAUGUAAAAGUCCAGGAGCUAUUAUGCCUACAUGAACUUUCACUGUCCACCGGAGAGGUGCAGCGCUUGCAGUCAUCUCUAUUCACGAAUAGUCGUCCCGAGGUCAAUACACGCCACAAAUGCAAUCAACCAUAACAGACAGUCUACACAAUGACGACAGGAAUCAUCCUCCAACAAGACUUCGUCGACGACAUGCUGAUGGUACUUCCAGCGGCCACUCGAACGCCAAGCGCAAUCGCAUGUUGUCUCUGUUAUGAAGAGUACGGCAAUAUCGUUCUGACUAACGAAGCGGACACGAAGUCCUGGCGCGACCUUCCCUACCACGACACUUUCGCACCGGAUUUGGUUGAACCUAUCGCCACUCCUUGUGACUAUUACUUCUGUAUUCUCUGCAUCGGCAAGUGGCUACUGAAAAAGCAGACGUGUCCAAUGUGUCGCACUCCGGUCAACCCUCCAGAUCGCGCAUAUGGAGCUGAUGACUGCGAUGAAGUGUCGUCCGCUCGACCCGAAGGCCUUAUGCAUACCUAUCGAAUCUCGGAAUCGCGAGCUGCAGAGAUCUACGAUAUAAUACGACUUAACACGUGUCGGCUCCUUACCACGGAUGCGCUAAUGCCAGUGAUUUGGUCGCCUGAGAAUCUGGUUUUUAACCUUCCCGAGCUGAUGGUCACGAUAGCCUGACAUUUCUACUACAAUCUACUGGGCGACCAGUCCCAUCAGAUAUGUCGUCCAUCAAGCGAAGCACCCACAUGACCCACUUCUCUGGCUUCUGGAACCGGCGGGACCUUGAGUAUCUUGCACGAGCAGAUGCUCCGUUAGCUCAGCAUCCUGAUGCGUACGAGCUGCACGUAUUCUCCUGCAUGAACAUGCCCCAUCUCAAAACCUUCAUGGCUGAUGAGUAUGGAAUCGUAUUCUCCUUGGUGAAGCAGAAGAUGCCUGAUCUCAUGGGGGCGUCUCAAGUCACGCCUGGGAUGCGUAUGUAUACUGCGUUCUUCACACACUGUUCAUCUGGCAGGCAUACUGCUGGCGAAUCCAGGUUCUCUUUGACUCGGAU